GUUGUCCAUGGAGCAGUUGAAGUCCGUCGUUUGGACUCCCCUGGAACGAAGAUGCCUCCACCUCCUCCAACGGGCCAGGAGCUCGAGACCCGCCCUCCUCCAGAUCCACGCCUUCAUGCUCCGCCACGCUCUCGACCUCAACGUCAAUCUCGUCACCAAGCUCGUCGCCAGCUGCGCCUCCGUCGCCUCCGGUGCCGACCCGCUCGCCGGGUUACGCCACGCCCGCCUCGUGUUCGACGGAAGUCCCCACAGAGACGAUGGGUUCCUCUGCAACGCCGUGAUCAAGGCCCACGUGGGUCUGCGCCGGUUCGGCGAAGCACUCGCCCUUUACCGAGAUCUCCGGAGGGACGCCGGCUUUUCACCCGAUAACUUCACGUUCACGGCGCUGGCGAAGUGUGGCUCGUCGGCCGUGUCCUGUUGGGAAGGGCUGCAGGUGCAGUGCCAUGUUGUUAAGAUGGGGUUCUGGUCCGACUUGUACGUGUCCACGGCGUUCGUCGAUUUGUAUGCGAAAUGGGGGAGCGUGGAAGCUGCGAGGAUGGUGUUUGACGACAUGAGUGUGAGGAGCCUGGUGUCGUGGACGGCUCUGAUAGGUGGUUACGCGAGGAGUGGGGAUAUGGGAAAUGCGAGGAAGUUGUUCGAGGAAAUGCCUGAGAAGGACUCUGCAGCAUUCAACUUAAUGAUUGAUGGCUAUGUUAAGUUGGGAGAUAUGGACCCAGCCAACGAUUUGUUUAACGAGAUGCCGGAGUGGAAUGUGGUUUCUUGGACUACGAUGAUCAAUGGGUAUUGCAAUGUUGGCGACAUAAAAUCUGCUCGCUCACUCUUUGAUGUCAUGCCAGAAAAGAAUCUAUUUUCUUGGAAUGUGAUAAUAAAUGGAUAUUGCCAAAAUAAACAGCCCCAUGAAGCUUUGAGAUUGUUUUCUGAGAUGCAGUCAACUGCAUUGGUUGAGCCUGAUGAAGUCACUCUUGUGUGCGUUCUUCCGGCUAUAGCUGAUCUGGGUGCUCUAGAUUUAGGCAAUCAGGUUUAUCGGUUUGCACAGAAAAAGAAGCUUGACCGAGCAACCAAUGUGGGUACAGCACUUGUGGAUAUGUUUGCUAAAUGUGGUGAGAUCGGUAAAGCCAAGAGAGUGUUUAAUAUGUUGCAUGAAAGACAGGUAGCUUCUUGGAAUGCUUUGAUAAAUGGGCUUGCAGUCAAUGGGUGUGGCAAAGAAGCAUUGGAAAUAUUCCUGGAGAUGCAACAGCAAGGUGUCCCACCAAAUGAUAUAACCAUGGUUGGUGUGCUAUCUGCAUGUAACCACGCUGGUUUGGUGAAGGAAGGGAAGAAGUGGUUUAAAGCAAUGGAUGAGUUUGGGCUUGCCCCUCAAAUUGAGCACUAUGGUUGUAUGGUAGAUCUAUUAGGUAGAGCAGGAUAUUUGGAAGAAGCUGAACAGAUAAUCAAGAGCAUGCCCUAUGAGCCUAAUGCAAUAAUAUUGAGCUCCUUCUUAUUUGCUUGUGGAUACUUCAAGGAUGUGAUGAGGGCAGAGAGGAUUAGAAGGAGAACAGUCAAUAUGGAGCCGCAAAAUGAUGGGAACUAUAUUAUGUUGAGAAACCUAUAUGCAGCGGAGAAGAGAUGGACUGAUGCACAGGAGAUUAAGAGGUUGAUGAGUACAAAUGGAGCAAAUAAGGAAACUGGUUGCAGUGUUAUUGAGAUUGAUGGGAGAAUGAGUGAGUUUUUGGCUGGAAACAGAUUACACCCACAUUAUGAGAUUAUCCAUUCAACAUUGGGUCAAUUAUUUAAGCAUAUGAGGGGACAAGUCAUUGACCAAGCACUAUAUUGAUAGCAAUGCUCUGUGCAGGAUGAUUAAUGGGGUUACACUUGGCACUUCAUCACAAAUUGGACAGUGAAAAGAAUUUCCACUCGUCAUGGUUGAGUCUCUCCAGUGGCUCUGUUGAUAAAUCUCCAUAUUGGUCAGUCCGUCAAGAUUCAUAGUCAGCAUCUAUAUUUCACCUUCACCAGAUUACUGGAACACCAUGGAUUCUUGUCCUCUGGAUAAAGGCCUCAAGUCAUGGAUGAAAGAUGAAGCUUUAAGCAUGGUCUGAAUUUCCUGUGGUAAGUGGUACUUGUUUUUUUUAACUCGUCUGCAAGGUUCCUUGACCAUGUGCCAUGCAAAAGAAAGGAAGGAAUAACUAUUUGCUUGAGGUACAUGAUAAAAUAUCUCAUUUCAUACCUUGAGAUAUCAGUUUUAAAAGUAGUAAUUGAUCCAUUUUCUGCGAUUUUAGAAGGGGUUAAAAUAGUACCUGCUAAGUAAUUAUGCUCAUUGAAGUGCAGCCAUUGCGGGAAUAGCAGGAUCCAGAAGAACAUGUCUGCAAUUUGAUCAAUAGAGAAUUAGUAUUGCAUAUUCUUAGAGUUUAUUGACCAGAAAUUAUGGUAUUGUUGCUAGGAGGUAUGUUUUGAUGGAAAAGAUGGUGAGCACCUUAGUGGGGGCCUUAUUGUUGCAUAUUCUCAGACAAGCACAUUUAUUUGGAUUAGAUGCUGGUUUUUACACAUAAUACAAACUGUUUCUUUUGUGUAUGUGUGCGUGUGUGUGUGUGUGUUGCUUAUCUUCUUUGAUCUUGAUGUUGGAUCUUGAUUGACACCGUGACGAAUAAUGAUAUUUCCUCAGCUGUAGUUCAAUGUAAACAGACAUGAUAAAUUGUCACCGUUACCAUUGUAGUCAUAGUCUUGUUCAUAAUAACUUUCCUUUUUUGCCGUAAGACUUGAUCAUAUUGAGAAGAUCAUUUCCUUAUUUUUAUAACGGCUCAUCUAAACAUAGGAAAAGAAAAUCAAUUUUCGCAUACUCCAAAAAAGUUAUCGAUUUAGAAUAUCAAGUUAGCUGACCCCACCUAGUGUGUAAAAGCUUUGUUGUUUGUUAUGGGUCUAAUUUAGAAUAUCAAAGUAGUUCUUCAACAUGUAAAGAUUGCCUACUUUAUACUGAUGGCCUGGCUAAGUCAAGAUGGUUAUGGUUGGAUUUUACUCAAUAUACUCGUGAUUCGAACUAAUCCAUCUUUAAUUUCCUAUUUAAAGGAAUUCUUGAAAUUAAGUGAUAUACUUUAUGAAGAGAAUGCAGUACAAAAGAGGACUGACGAGAGGAUUUGGUGGAGACAUUUCCAGAUGGCAAAAAAACAAUGGAGCAAAUCAAAGCCAAGUCAUCAUACUGAAUGAGACAAUGUGGGAGGUAGCAAAUUUAUUAUGCACUCGAAAGAGUAUACUCGUUCUGUCAGAAGGCCUGAGAAGCCCAGGAGAGACCAGAUGUAUCGAGAACUUGUUCGCGGAAACCACAAAAGCUGUUCAUGAAAGCACAGAGGUCUUUAGGGUGUGGAAUUUGCUCACAACUUGAGCAUAACAGAGGACUAUCGAAACUGAGGAGACUAUUGAGUAAUGGCAGAUCAAAGCCACACAGGAUGGAGUUGGCUAGGGCCUAAUUUCAAUUCAUCUGGAUGGUGUGGAUAAUUAAUCGAGGCCUACAGUGAAGUCAGUCUAGUCCCGUUAGCCAACUAAUUCGAGCAGGUCCAGGUCGGGUUCAAAGUAUUUUAUAAAAAGAAUAAGAUAGAAGUAGAGUUAAUCACCUUGCACUGGAGACUGGAUAGGAUUAAAAACCCUGGAUGAAGCUGGAAAAGUCAAAUUCGUUAACGUUUCAGGCACAUUUCCACUUCUCUCUGGGUGACAUGAAAAAGUACAUAGACCCUUACUCAGAGAAUGAAGCUUCAACAGACAAUGUGGCAACAUAAACGGAUUGUUAUAGUUGGACCACAAAGAUUCAGAAUCAGCAUCAAAAAAUGGUUUGGCUGCUUGACUUUGAGGAUCAAUCACUGUUGGGAUGUGAGGACUAGUGAAGGAUUCAUAGUUUGUGCAGGAACAGGGAAGAAGAAAAGAAAUGAUCUUUCUUUAGCAAGAGGGAUAUUAAAUAUAUGUAGGUGAUAUGGCACUUUAUGUUCGGUCUUGUGUAACUUGGUGACGUUACUCGCUGGAUUGACUUGAUUGUUGUGAUAUACACACAAAAAUAACACUCUUCCGUGGAGGCUUUCGCGAAAAUUUUCUGAUGUAAUCCCUUUAUGUUGGAUAGCUAGGACAUUCUAGCAUCAGUUAUUGAGUCUUGCUCUUAAAUGA